AUGUCGGCCCCCGAAGACUACGACCCCUCGCCCCAGAAUCGCCGCCUCCGUCUCCGCAACUCUCUCGUCCGCCCCUCCCGCCUCUCCUACGGGCCCUCCGGCGCCGACGACCCCCCCUCGCGCGCCCCCUCCCCCUCCCCGCAGAUCGACGACAACGGCUGGGAGACCGAAGAUGCCGACAGCACCACCACCCCCGCAACCACACCGACACCCCCGCCGCCACCACCACCCCCGCAACCCCCACUCGACGAGGAGAACGUCUCAAACUCGGCCCGCAAGCGACGCAGCCGCGAUGCGCCCUUCUUCCCACCGGCGCUCAUGGGGCUGUCGCCUGCGGCUGCGGGAACAGGUGGGCUAAAGCCCCCCUUCCCCGGCGUGAACCAUAGAAGGAAUCGCAGCGGCAGUGAGGGCGGCCAGAGGGGCGACAGGUAUGUGGACUACCUUGAGCGGCAGGUCGCGGACCUAUCGGCGCAGCUGCAGGGCUACACGAGUCCCAGCAGCGGGACGUCGCACGCCGUCAAACUGCGGCGACUGAGCAGUGAGGCGCGCAGCCUGCGCAACGAGGUGCUGGACUGGGAGGCAAAGUUCAAUGUGCGCGUGAAGGACGAGGUGGAUCUGAAGGUUGCACAGGACAAUACGCUGCGCGGGAAGAUCAGGACGUUGGAGGAGAGGCUGGACGAGGCGCUAGAGCGGGGCAGAGAGGUCGAGGAGGAGUGCGAUGCCUGGCACCGGCGCGCGGUGGAGCUGGAGAGUGUGAAUAGGGCGCUGGAGGUGCGGGUUGAGGCGCUAGGCAGCAUGUUGGCAGAGGCGACGAGGGGAGAGCGCGGCUUGAGUAGGAGCAGGAGCAGGGUGGGACGGAGUAGGUGCGGGAGUGAGGUUGAUGGUGCGGCGGGCAUGGAGCGGUGCGUGACGAUUGGGACAGCCACCGAUACCAAUACGACGACGCCAGCGGAAAGCAGGCGGGGGAGUGUCGACGGCGGUACGUCUACUACGUCGCCCGGCAGCUCGCCGGGGAGGAGACUGGAGGACUAUGGCAUCACGGACCCGAUCGAUGCGGUCCUGCUCACAAUGACCUCGUCCUCUCCGCCGUCGCCGGGCGAACCGUUGCGCACUCGCCGCAUGCGCCGGUUCCCAUCCGGCUCCACUGCACCAAAGGCACUCGUCCUGCCGCCGUCCUCGUCAGCGACGCCUGCGCCAGAAACAUCACCGACGCUUCCAACGCUGCGCACGUUCUUCAACAUGCCCAUCGCCGACCCGUCCAGCAUGUGCUCCUCGCGGCCAUCAAGCUCCUCCUCCGACGCACCAGUCCCGCAGCAGCCCUCAGCAGCCCGCCCGCCCCUCGCAUCGUCAGACAGCCUCUUCGCCGAGCUUGCCCGCGCAGAGAACGAGUCCGUUGCAGACGAGACCUCGCCCAGCGACGACACAUUCGCGCUUGUAUCAGACGCUAUGAACAACCCCACCCCGCUGCUCAUCAAGGCUGUCAGCAUGGUCGGCGCUGGCAUCCGCUCCCCGACAGGCACGUUCCUGACGGCCAGAAAAACGGCAAUGGACAUGCUCACCGGCGUCGUCGGCAAGGGCGUCGAGCGCGUCUCCCGCCGCCGCGCAAAGCUGCUCCAACACAAGUCUCGCGAAGCGCGGCGGCGCAUCGAGGGCGUCGCUGAAGACCGGGACCGCGUGCGGCGGUGCGCAUCAUGCACUGACCGCGGCGGCGGUGGCAGCAGCGGGGUGAGUGUUGCGCUGACGCGGGGCGCGGGCGGCGAGGAUGCGGUGGAGCAUGUGUGGCUGUGGGUGCGGUUUGUGGUUGCGCUUGUUGUUGCGCUGGGGGUGGCGGUGAAGGAGGGGCCGGCGGUGGUGCUGGCGGUGGACGGCGGGGAUUAUGAUGGGGUUGUGGAGGAGGAGAGGGAGUGUGCGAUUAGGGAGUUGAGGGAGACGAGGGCGGAGAGGAUGAGGAGGGAGUGGAGGGGGAUGGGGGAUGAGCGGUUGAGGCUGUGGGAGGGCGGUGGGAGGGGCGGCGUGCAUGUGGGGGAUGGGAGGAGGAAGGCGAUGGAGUGGGGGGUGUAA